AUGAGCAUUCGGAUAAAUGCGACGGUCCAAGAGGCCCGAACAGCUGCAAACCACAGCCAGGAACAAUGGGACCGAUUCUACUUUAUAACCAAAGACGAGGCCAGACAACUGGCAGAAGCGCAUCCAGACUGGAAGAGAUGGAUCCUCAUCCCCGCCAACGAGAAAGAACAGAUGCUCGAAAGAAUCAAUGCUCGUCUGCGAGCUGAAGGUAUCCCGCCCGUCGAGAUGAUCAUCCUGAAGUGGCGCGUGUCGCAGCUCCUGCGGGACAUCCAGCGGAAAUACGUGUGGUCAAAGAGACGGAGCAAGCAUGCAACCUAUCUUACGGCAGGAGAGACUGUCAUAAGGCUUGCCGAGCUGUUCUUCGUGCUACCAUAA